AACAUUUGUCGUACACUUUCAUUGUAGAACAGCUGAAAUGGAUGCAGAUCACUUCUCGCGAGAGUGCAGUACCUCACGCACGGCAGCCUUACACUCCCGUAUCCUAGCUCCACCCACUUAUGCAUUCGCCGCAACAACCACCGCUGCUGCCUGUGACACUGGUUGUUGUGAUUACCGGAGCAGUGAUUUGCGUUAUCGGACCGUUAUUUGCUUUUUUUUUCGUGUAGGUCGGCGAAGAGUACAGUCCGGAAUUGGCGGGACCUGGGCGUCUUCUUUGUUUUUAGUGCUUAACUAGGUUUCGUUAUGUAAAAGGGUGUGUGGCUGGGCUUUCUGUUUGGCUUUAGGCGCUAUAAUAUCUUAGCGGUGGAUCGUACAGCGAUUCUUGCGGUAGGAGCGGCGUAGUCACGGACAUGGCGUACUGACAGAACGUGUUAAGAGGACAAAGGAGGGAGGGAAAGCGAGAGCGGCAGAUGACGGUGUGAGGGGGGACACAAUCUGAGGCUUUUCGUAUUCACGCAGCUAACGUUGGGGAAGGCUGAACGUUUUAAGUAUGAACAAUUCUAAUGUAAUCCCGUGUUCAACGUCUGCCGCCACCAUCAAUGCAACUGCGGCGGGCAGCGGUGAAGCCAGCUCAGUGGAAGGAUUGGAGGAUACGGCCAAGGACUCAGCAGACAUUGCUGCCUUUUACAGAUCUGGAACACAAAGAAAUGAGACCUUAAAAGCAAUGGAAGUACUACCAAUAUUAAAGGAGAAAGUCGCCUACCUGUCAGGUGGAAGAGAUAAACGAGGAGGCCCAGUUUUAACUUUUCCAGCACGAAGCAAUCAUGACAGAAUAAGACAAGAAGAUCUUAGAAGGCUUCUAUCAUAUCUUGCCUGCAUACCUAGUGAGGAGGUUUGCAAGCGAGGUUUCACAGUAAUUGUAGAUAUGCGUGGCUCUAAGUGGGAUUCUAUUAAGCCAUUAUUAAAAAUUUUGCAAGAAUCAUUUCCCUGUUGUAUUCAUAUUGCACUAAUCAUAAAGCCAGAUAAUUUUUGGCAGAAGCAAAGAAUUAAUUUUGGAAGUUCAAAAUUUGAAUUUGAGACAAAUAUGGUUUCUUUAGAAGGCCUUACCAAAGUUGUUGAUCCUUCUCAGUUAACACAUGAAUUUGAUGGUGGCUUGGAGUAUAACCAUGAAGAAUGGAUAGAAAUUAGAUUGGCAUUUGAGGACUUCAUUGUCAAAGCUACUCAUAUGCUUUCACGACUAGAGGAGUUACAAGAGAUGCUUGGUAACAAGGAACUGCCUCAAGAUUUAGAAGGUGCUCGAAACAUAAUUGAUUCACAUAGUCAAUUGAAAAAAAGGGUUACUAAAGCCCCAAUUGAAGACCUUGAUAUAGAAGGACACAAUCUCAUGGAAAGGAUACAAAACAGUGAAAGCUUUCCAAAAAAAACUUCUAGCUCUGGUAAUGCUGACCUUCAGAAUUUUUUACCUAAAGUAUCGACAAUGCUUGAUAGACUACAUUCCACCAGACAACAUCUGCAUCAAGUUUGGCACCAUCGAAAGGUAAAACUGGACCAGUGCUUUCAACUUAGACUAUUUGAGCAAGAUGCAGAUAAGAUGUUUGACUGGAUUGCGCAUAACAAAGGACUUUUCUUGACAAGUUACUCUGACAUAGGAAUCAGUCAUAAUCAAGCUCUGGAACUUCAAACACAGCACAAUCAUUUUGCUAUGAAUUGUAUGAAUGUUUAUGUAAACAUAAAUCGCAUUACGUCAGUAGCCAAUAGACUUGUGGAAUCUGGACACUACGCUUCAAUGCAGAUCAGACAGAUUUCCAACCAGCUUGAGCAAGAGUGGAAGAUGUUUGCAGCUGCUCUUGAUGAACGGAGUACAUUAUUGGAAAUGUCUGCUGUCUUUCAUCAGAAAGCUGAGCAGUACAUGAGUAACGUGGAUUCAUGGUGUAAGGCUUGUGGUAAAGUAGAGCUUCCCUCUGAGCUCCAAGAUUUGGAAGAUGCUAUACAUCAUCAUCAAGGAAUUUAUGAACACAUCACAGUGGCUUACUCUGAGGUUAGUCAAGAAGGAAAAUCUUUACUUGACAAACUUCAACGUCCAUUAACUCCUGGUAGCUCUGAUUCUCUGACUGCUUCUGCCAACUAUUCAAAAGCGGUUCAUCACGUCUUAGAUGCUGUCCAUGAAGUUUUGCACCAUCAACGGCAGCUGGAAAACAUAUGGCAACAUCGGAAGGUUCGAUUACAUCAGCGAUUACAGCUCUGUGUUUUUCAGCAAGAUGUUCAGCAGGUGCUGGAUUGGAUUGAGAAUCAUGGAGAAGCUUUUCUUAGUAAACACACUGGUGUUGGGAAGUCUCUUCACAGAGCAAGAGCAUUGCAGAAACGUCAUGAAGAUUUUGAGGAGGUUGCACAGAACACAUAUACCAAUGCAGAUAAGUUAUUGGAAGCUGCAGAACAGUUGGCACAAACAGGAGAGUGUGACCCUGAAGAAAUUUAUCAGGCAGCUCAUCAAUUAGAAGAUCGAAUCCAAGAUUUUGUUAGACGUGUUGAACAACGAAAGGUUUUGUUAGAUAUGUCGGUUUCACUUCAUUCGCAUGUUAAAGAGUUGUGGACUUGGAUGGAGGAUUUACAAAAGGAACUACUGGAUGAUGUCUAUGCUGAGUCAGUGGAAGCUGUUCAGGACUUGAUAAAGCGAUUUGGACAGCAACAGCAAACAACUCUUCAGUUUACAGUUAAUAUAAUUAAAGAAGGUGAAGAGCUUAUCCAGCAGUUAAGGGAUUCAGCAAUUUCCAGUAAUAAAACUCCACAUAAUAGCUCUAUUAAUCAUAUUGAAAGUGUCCUUCAACAGCUGGAUGAAGCUCAAUCUCAAAUGGAGGAGCUUUUCCAAGAAAGAAAAGUAAAACUUGAACUCUUCCUACAGCUGCGGAUUUUUGAAAGAGAUGCAAUUGAUAUCAUAUCGGACUUGGAGUCCUGGAAUGAAGAACUUGCUUUACAAAUGAGCAACUUUGACACAGAGGACCUGACUCUUGCAGAGCAGCGGUUACAGCACCAUGCUGAUAAAGCACUAACUAUGAAUAAUCUGACCUUUGAUGUGAUCCAUCAAGGACAAGAACUUCUCCAGUAUGUCAAUGAGGUGCAAACAUCAGGAACUUUAGUAAACCUACCUUGCUCUGGACAGUUCCUGACCGGUACAGAUGUUUCAGCAGAGAGCACUGUGGUCAGACAGAAAGGAAAUUCAAAAAGAAAAGAAUUUCCUGUGGAGCAUGCAGCAGCUGGAGUUGAUCUUCUCUGUGACAGAGAUGUGGACAUGGCUACUAGAGUGCAAGAUUUACUUGAAUUUCUCCACGAAAAACAACAAGAUUUGGAUCUGUCAGCAGAGCAACACAGAAAGCAUCUGGAGCAAUGUGUUCAGCUUCGUCACCUUCAAGCUGAAGUAAAACAGGUACUUGGUUGGAUCAGAAAUGGUGAAUCUAUGCUAAAUGCAGGUUUGAUUACUGCGAGUUCACUGCAAGAAGCAGAGCAACUUCAAAGAGAACAUGAGCAGUUUCAGCAUGCAAUAGAGAAAACACAUCAGAGCGCACUUCAGGUGCAGCAAAAAGCGGAAGCUAUGCUUCAAGCCAACCAUUAUGAUAUGGACAUGAUUAGGGAUUGUGCAGAAAAAGUUGCUUCACACUGGCAACAGCUGAUGCUGAAAAUGGAAGAUCGCUUGAAACUGGUGAAUGCCUCUGUAGCUUUUUAUAAAACUUCAGAACAGGUUUGCAGUGUUCUUGAAAGUUUGGAGCAGGAAUAUAAAAGAGAAGAAGACUGGUGUGGAGGGGCUGAUAAACUUGGACCAAACUCAGAAACUGACCAUGUCACCCCAAUGAUUAGCAAGCAUCUUGAACAAAAAGAAGCCUUCCUAAAGGCUUGUACCCUCGCCCGAAGAAAUGCAGAUGUCUUUGUGAAGUACUUACAUAGGAAUAGUGUAAACAUGCCAGGGAUGGUUUCGCAUGUCAAAGCUCCGGAGCAACAAGUAAAAAAUAUCUUAAAUGAACUGUUUCAAAGAGAAAAUAGAGUGCUACAUUAUUGGACACUAAGGAAAAGAAGACUUGACCACUGUCAACAAUAUGUAGUGUUUGAAAGAAGCGCAAAACAGGCCCUUGAAUGGAUUCAUGAUAGUGGUGAAUUUUAUUUAUCCACUCAUACAUCAACGGGGUCUACUGUUCAGCACACUCAGGAGCUGUUAAAAGAACAUGAAGAAUUUCAAAUUACUGCCAAGCAAACAAAAGAGAGGGUAAAACUGUUGAUACAGCUAGCUGAUGGCUUUUGUGAGAAAGGACAUGCUCAUUCAUCAGAAAUUAAAAAAUGUAUUUCUGUGCUGGACAAAAGGUAUCGAGAUUUCUCUGUGCGGAUGGAAAAAUACCGUACAAGUUUAGAAAAAGCUUUAGGAAUAUAUAAUGACUCCAACAAAUCGAAUAAAAGUUUGCAGCUAGACAUAAUACCAGGCAGUGCACCAGGAUGUGAAGUAAAGCUACGGGAUGCAACACAUGAACUUAAUGAAGAGAAAAGGAAGUCAGCCCGUAGAAAAGAGUUUAUCAUGGCAGAGCUUAUUCAAACGGAAAAAACGUAUGUUAGAGACCUCCGAGAAUGUUUGGAUACGUAUCUGUGGGAAAUGACUAGUGGAGUUGAAGAAAUUCCACCUGGUAUUGUGAAUAAAGAACAUAUCAUCUUUGGGAAUAUGCAGGAAAUCUACGAGUUUCAUAAUAAUGUAUUUCUUAAGGAGCUUGAAAAAUAUGAGCAACUGCCAGAAGAUGUGGGACAUUGUUUUGUUACCUGGGCUGAUAAAUUUCAGAUGUAUGUGUCUUACUGCAAAAAUAAACCUGACUCCACCCAGCUAAUCUUGGAACAAGCAGGACCUUAUUUUGAUGAAAUUCAGCAGCGUCAUGAAUUGGCAAACUCUAUUUCCUCUUACCUUAUAAAACCUGUUCAACGCAUAACAAAAUAUCAGCUUCUCUUAAAGGAGCUCUUGACAUGUUGCGAAGAAGGAAAAGGAGAAAUUAAGGAUGGAUUGGAGGUCAUGCUUAGUGUCCCAAAAAGAGCAAAUGAUGCCAUGCAUCUUAGCAUGCUGGAAGGUUUUGAGGAGAACAUUGAUUCUCAGGGAGAACUGAUUCUGCAAGAUUCAUUCCAAGUUUGGGACCCUAAAACAUUAAUACGAAAAGGCAGGGAAAGGCAUCUUUUUCUCUUUGAGAUGUCUUUGGUUUUCAGCAAAGAAGUGAAAGAUUCCACUGGAAGAAGCAAGUAUAUUUACAAAAUGAAAUUAUUUACUUCAGAAUUAGGAGUCACAGAACAUGUUGAAGGUGACCCUUGUAAAUUUGCUCUCUGGGUUGGCAGAACUCCAUCAUCUGACAACAAAAUUGUCCUGAAGGGUUCUAGUAUUGAGAACAAGCAAGACUGGAUUAAGCAUAUACGAGAAGUUAUACAAGACAGAACAAUUCAUUUAAGAGGUGCUUUGAAAGAACCUAUUCAUAUACCAAAGACAGUAUCAACAAAACAAAAAUCUGUCAGACGAUGCAGCAGAGGAGAAGAAACAGGCGAGGGGAGCCUAGAAUCUGGCCUGCAUUCCAGUAUAGGCCCCAAAAUAGAUCCUGAAGACUUGGACAGUCAAGGAGAUGGCAGCCAACCUGAUACAAUAUCAAUUGCAUCUAGAACGUCACAAAACACAUUAGACAGUGAUAAGCUUUCAGGAGGUUGUGAAUUGACUGUAGUCAUACAUGAUUUUACUGCUUGCAACACUAAUGAAUUGACCGUGCGACGGGGACAGACUGUAGAGAUUCUUGAAAGACAGCAAGAUAGACCUGACUGGUGCUUAGUCAGGACAACUGACAGAUCACCAGCAUCAGAAGGCUUAGUUCCUUGUAGUUCUCUUUGCAUUGCGCAUUCAAGAAGUAGCAUGGAAAUGGAAGGAAUAUUUAAUCAUAAAGACUCUAUUUCUGUUAAUGACGCUAGUCCCCCAGCUUCGUUUAAUUCAUUACAACCACAUAUGGUUAACACACAAAGUUCGCCGGGUCCUAAGCGACCUGGUAACACAUUGAGGAAAUGGCUAACAAGCCCUGUGAGGAGACUCAGCAGUGGAAAAGCUGAUGGACAUGUGAAAAAGAUGGCUCAUAAACAUAAGAAAAGCAGAGAGGUGCGCAAGAAUGCAGACUCUAGCUACCAAAAGGAUUCUGAUGACAGUGCAGCAACACCACAAGAUGAGACCAUUGAAGAGAGAGUACGAAAUGAGGGGCUUAGUAGUGGCACAUUAUCUAAAUCCUCUUCCUCUGGCAUGCAGAGCUGUGGAGAAGAAGAAAGUGAAGAAGGACCUGAUGCAGUUCCCUUGCCACCUCCUAUGGCUAUUCAACAGCAUAGUCUUCUUCAGUGUGAUUCCCAAGAUGACAAGACAUCUAGAUUGCUGGCACGCCCGACUAGUUCUGAAACUCCAAGUGCUGCUGAACUUGUCAGUGCUAUAGAAGAACUUGUUAAAAGCAAAAUGGCAUUGGAAGACCGUCCAAGUUAUCUUCAGGUAGACCAGGGUGACAGCAGCAGCCCCUCUUUUAAUCCUUCAGAUACAUCUCUAUUAUCUUCAGCAUCUCCAAUUGAGGAGAUGGAGGAAAAGAAGUCCAGCUCUUUAAAGAGACGACACUAUGUAUUACAGGAAUUACUUGAUACAGAACGGGAUUAUGUGAAGGACCUCGGUUAUGUAGUUGAGGGAUAUAUGGCACUCAUGAAGGAAGAUGGUGUUCCAGAUGACAUGAAAGGAAAGGAUAAGAUUAUUUUUGGAAAUAUCCAUCAAAUCUAUGACUGGCACAGAGAGUUCUUUAUUGGAGAACUAGAAAAAUGUUUGGGAGAGCCAGAAAGGCUAGCACCUUUAAUUGUGAAACAUGAAAGGAGAUUACAUAUGUACAUAGUUUACUGCCAAAACAAACCAAAUUCUGAGCAUAUUGUUUCAGAGUACAUUGACACUUAUUUUGAGGACUUGAAGCAGCGUCUGGGCCACCGACUUCAACUUACAGACUUAUUAAUUAAACCUGUACAAAGAAUAAUGAAAUAUCAACUGCUUUUAAAGGAUUUCUUGAAAUACUCAAAAAAAGCCUGUGUAAAUGUUGCAGAAUUAGAGAAAGCUGUUGAAGUCAUGUGUGUAGUCCUGAAACGAUGUAACGACAUGAUGAAUGUUGGACGGCUACAAGGAUUUGAGGGCAAAAUUGUAGCUCAAGGAAAGCUGUUGCUUCAAGAUACUUUUCUUGUCACUAAUCAAGAUGCAGGACCACAGUGCAAAGAAAGACGGGUCUUCUUGUUUGAACAAAUAGUUAUUUUCAGUGAACCUUUAGAUAAAAAAAGAGGGUUUUCUACACCAAGCUUUUUGUUUAAAAACAGUAUAAAGGUGACUUGCCUAAGCUUGGAAGAAUGCAUUGACAGCGAUCCAUGCAAGUUUGCACUGUCAUCAAGAUCUGGAGAGUCUGCUGAAAGAUAUAUUCUGAACUCAACAUCCCCUGCUGUAAGACAGUUGUGGAUUCAUGAAAUUAACAAAAUCUUAGAUAACCAGCUUAACUUCCUUAAUGCCUUGGCAUCUCCAGCGGACUACCACAAGAACCACACUGAUGGAAACAAUCUUAAUGGUGGAAACAAUUCCUCUGGUCCUUUAAAUUCAACUGGACUUGGUUUCUCUGGAAGAAUGAGGCCAUCUCGAAUACCCCAGCCAGUUAGACAUUAUUCUCCACUUUUGGUUUCCCCAUCUGUUAUGUCAGAAACAGACAAAUCAUCAGCUUCUAUACCCAGGAGCCCUCUUCAUAAAGGCUCUUUUUGGAGCACAGUACAAGUAAAUCCUGCUAGCAUCCCAGGCUCUGGUGUUUUUCCCAGGCACAGUGAUUUCCUGCAACGCAAGGGUCCAAGACAUCACAUACACUUCAAGGACUCAGAUCGCUUCAGCACCUGCUCCUCCACGAGUGAGCAGACAAUUCACACUACUCAAAGUAAUAGGACUGAAAGUAAAUGUAGCAAUAUCUCCACAAUGCUGGUGACACAUGAUUACACAGCAGUGAAGGAAGAUGAGAUCAAUGUCUACCAAGGAGAAGUUGUUCAAAUUUUGGCAAGUAAUCAACAAAACAUGUUUCUGGUAUUCCGAGCUGCAACUGAUGACUGCCCUGCAGCUGAAGGGUGGAUUCCAAGUUAUGUAUUAGGUCACACAUGUGCUGUCAUCAGAGAUAUUCCUGAUGGAAAAAUGAAGUGGGUACUUGGGUAACACAGGUAGCAAUAAAUGUUAUUGUUUUAUAUAUGCUGUAUAUGAGUGAUAAUGCAAAAGAAUGCUGUAAAUAAGUGGUUGUCUUCUGUUUUAUUCCGAUAUUCAGAAAAAUUACAGACAAGCACCUUAAGGCUGUAUCUUGUCUCUUUCAGCUUUUAAUGGAUUUCUGUAAAAUUGCACAGACCUUGCUGUAUAACACAGGCAAAUAAAAUUUAUUUAAAUAUUUCACAAUGUGCAUCCAGAGCCUCAAAUAUGAAUGCAUUACUAAAAAUUACAUUUUAUAAUAAAAAGAAAAGAAAACUGUGUACCUUUUAUCAAGUA